AUGCAAAAGGUAUGGCAGUGGUUGCGUGAUCGAAAAACGCACACUCUUCGGAAAUGGCGAAGUGCUAUGGUUGGCUCGAGGGAUCAUAUCGAUAGAAAUGGUAGAGGCAAUCCUCGUCACGUGGAAUCACUGUCAGCUCUACAAGAGACUCCCUCUUGUUCCUAUCAAAAUGUUAGCCAAUCAACGCCUGACUUUGAAGAAUUCUUUGAAGGAGCCGCUCCAGGGAUUCAAGAAGCCAUUGAUCGCCGCGGAUCGUUCACAUUCCGCUCGUCGCCACGCAGAAGUCGCAAAACAAUCCUCGCCUCUCCCGUUCUUCCGCCAGAUCUCGAUGAGGAUGGAUGGGCUCAAUUGAAAGUGGAUGGAGGUGGAGGCAGUCCCCCGCAAAGGAGAAGCCCAAGGCAGAUACGAUUCAAAAUACCCGAGGUACAAAUCUCUUUUGAAGAAGAGGAGCCGCAUAAUUUGCAUUUCGAGGAAGAGUACCCGUCACGCCAAGGAUCGCCUAUUCCACCGCCCAUCGAAAUCGAGUGGAGCCCAGCACAGAACUACUCGAGCGAUUUGAACAGUAUGAGCCUCCAUUCGGACACCAGCCGGCCAAGCCUCAGAAAUGUUAGACCGGUCUCUUUUGAUUGUUCAUCGAUGAUUGAUGAGCAAUUGUAUGGAUCAACAGGCAGAGAUUCAAGCAUUUCAAAUGAUAUGAGACGCAAAUCGAGUCUCGCCAUGCAAAGACGACAAUCCAAUCAUCAGCUAGUUGCGUCGAUGUCUGGUCGUCGAACCUCGACAACACUCAUCCCAUUGACACAGGCACAGAUACACCUCGUUCGAUCGCUCUGGAGGCAAAUCUACGUGUCAAAAGGCCCAACCGUCAUCGGCACUAGCAUUUUUCAUCGAUUGUGCUUCAAAUGCCCGACGGUGAAAGAACAAGUGCGUCGUUGCCCUUUACCCCCACAAUUCAACAACCAUGACGGUUUUGUGAAAGCACAUUGCAAAGCGAUGGCUGAAUUAGUGGAUCAGAUUGUCGAAGGUUUGGACAAUUUGGAUGCACUGACUGAAGAGCUGAUCCGAAUUGGACGAGUGCACGCCCGUUUGCUGAGAGGAGAGUUGACUGGAAAACUGUGGAAUACGGUGGCUGAAGUGUUCAUUGAUUGUACAUUGGAAUGGGGUGAUAAAAGAUGUCGUAGCGAAACAGUGAGAAAAGCUUGGGCAUUGAUUGUCGCGUUUAUGGUCGAGAAGAUCAAAUUGGGACAUCAUGAACAACGGAAAAUAAUGCUCUCCACUCGCCAAUCGAUGCCUCAAAUCCAGAUUCAACUCGAAACAAUGCAAAUUCAUGAA